AUGCCCCCAAAGAGAGCGCGAAAGAACUCGCCCGCCGCCGAACGUCGCGAGCGCUUGACCCUGGCUAAACUGGCCAGUUAUGACGAUGUCGCAACCGAUGCGCUAGUGGAUCACGCCUAUUUUUGGACUACAACCCGCAAGAACCGCACCAAGUACAGCCCUGCCCGCGGAAUCCACGAUGACGAUAUUGGGCGCAUUCUUCUCCACGAUGUAAUCGUUGACAAGGAUAUCCCAACUGCCGAACGCAAGUUGUUGGAGAUAUCAGGCUUAAAGAAAUACCUGGCAAACCUCCGCAGCCCUCGAGAGAAGGAGUGGUUCCGCCGACACCUCCGCAAGUACAUUCAGAUGUAUCUUCCAGACUGUCCGUUUGAGGUCACCACGACCAAUCGAUACAUCAUCACACAACAUGAGGCUGCGAUCUGCGCUCGGAGGUUCAUUAAAAAGGGUGAGGAGAUCAAACACCUGAGUGGAACGCUUGUGUCUAUGACCCACGAAGAAGAGUUGGAUCUCGGCUUGACCCGCAAAGACUUCAGCAUCGUGAUGUCGAGUCGCCGCAAAGCCCCAUCAUUCUUUCUGGGCCCUGCUCGUUUUGCGAACCAUGACUGUGACGCCAAUGGCAGCUUGACAACUAGGGGCAACGAGGGCAUGUCUGUCCUAGCCAUGCGCGACAUCCACGAGGGAGAAGAGAUCACGGUUUCCUACGGAGAGGAUUACUUUGGCGUUGACAACUGCGAGUGUCUGUGUCAUACUUGCGAGAGUGCUGUACGAAAUGGCUGGUCUUCGCAUGUUGACACAGAGCCAAACAGCAAAGAAUCCAGCCCUGUGUCUGAAGCUACACCCGCUGAAGAUACACCGGCCGAAGAUAGCAAUGUGAGCAGGAAGCGUAGACGCAGCUCUGAUGUGGAGGAAUCCGACAACUCGUCUGUGUUGGCUUGUUCCACUCCGCGCAAACGUGCAAAGUUCCAACGACAAGUCUCCAAGUUGCGAAAAGAGAUCUCAGUUUCUGAACUUACUGGGGAAUCAGCUUCAACGCGCGGAUCAGACAAGACCCCUAUCCCGGACACUGUACUGAUUCCAACUGCUCUUCUGGCGGAAGCUGCACCCCAGGUGUCUGAGUUGAAAAAAGAGAUCACAGAGCGAACCGCAGUGGCAUCGCCAACUGAUUCACAACCCCUCCUUCCAGUUGCCAUGGGGGCGAAGCAACCAAGCGUGGCUGCACAAGGCGAUCUAAAUGGCACAAAUGGCACUAAUUCUACUAUCCCCACGGACAGCGAAUCUCCAAACUCCACCGCCGAUCAAUCCCACCGGUCGUCGACGUCAACUACCCCCACAACUGAGGACGACAUGGGAACGAAGAUCAAGACGGAAGAUACUAUAUUGGAGCCGUCUGAGUCGAAAGCACUCAGCGGUGAGGAUCAUCCCGAUGCCUCUCCUGAAGGUCAGCCCGUCACCACCCACUCCAUGGACAUUGACCCCGAAGAAGGAUUGUCAGACUUAUCAAAUUCCACCAAAUUAGACGACGCCCAUGGUGCCGUUGUGGAUAAACCCAAAACCCGAAAGCCUCGUACCAAGCGGCGAUUCAUCGUAGACUCCGUCGAGACCGAGUCACAAGUUGCCCGAGUCCCUGGAGACUAUACCAAGACAUCACGAUUGCUUGCCCAGAAGUACGACCGCUGGGUGGAGUGCCAGACCUGUGAUACAUGGUUCCUCCAGUCAAACUCAUACCUUACGCGACGUGAGUGUCCGCGCUGCGAACGCCAUUCCAAGCUGUACGGAUAUCAGUGGCCAUCAACAGACAAAAGCCCGGAUGGCGAAGAACGAAUAAUGGAUCACCGCACCGUCCAUCGGUUUUUGUCCCCCGACGCACAAUCACGCAUCUGUCGCCGAGACCGCGGCGUUAGUUUUGGCAUCACUCCCACCCCCGAGCUCUCUGACACAAACACACCGGAAACCGAGACCAGUGAUGCAACUGAGUCCCGCCGUGAUGCUCGGGCAAGUCGACGUCGCACUAGAGAACUUCGUAUGACUAUGUAA